CGCCAACAGACUGGGCAUGCGCCGGAGUGGAUAGCCGCUCGUCCGCGCCUGGAGGUUGUGAGGGGGAGGCGCACAGUGAAUCCCAGCCAGCUUCUAGUGUGGUGCAGUGAACCGUGUACAGUUCCUUCCACUUGGGAACCAUGCAGAGAGCUUCACGUCUAAAGAGAGAACUGAACUUGUUAGCCACAGAGCCACCCCCAGGCAUCACUUGCUGGCAAGAUAAGGACAAAAUGGAUGAUCUUCAAGCUCAAAUAUUAGGUGCAGCUGACACACCUUAUGAAAAAGGUGUUUUCAAGCUGGAAGUUACCAUUCCCGAGAGGUACCCCUUUGAACCUCCUCAGAUCCGAUUUCUGACUCCGAUCUAUCAUCCAAACAUUGAUUCUGCUGGAAGGAUUUGUUUAGAUGUCCUCAAAUUGCCACCAAAAGGUGCCUGGAGACCAUCCCUCAACAUUGCAACUGUACUGACUUCUAUUCAGCUGCUCAUGUCUGAACCCAACCCUGAUGACCCACUCAUGGCCGACAUAUCCUCUGAAUUUAAAUACAAUAAGCCAGUCUUCCUCAAGAAUGCCAGGCAGUGGACAGAGAAGCAUGCAAAACAGAAACAGAAGGCUGAUGAGGGAGAGAUGCCUGAUGAUCUUCCAGAGGCUGGUGACUCAGAAGUAUGCAAUACAACGCAGAAAAGAAAAGGCAGGCAGCUGGGAGGCAUAGAAAAGAAAUUUUGCUCUGACCUUUAGGGGUUUGUCCUGGUCCUAGUUAAUAUAUUCUUUGUUAAGAUGGUCUAAUCUGCCUACCUCUCUCUUGGAUGUUUUUCUUUGUAUUUGAUGACGUUAUCAUCUUUCCUGUCCUAUAAAACAGACCUUGUGUAUUUAUGGAUUCUGCUCUACAGUGAUUCUCUGAGACUAGUUUGUUUUAUUUAGCUUGUACAUACAUAGUUUGAAACCUUUUAAACCUGAAAAAUAAAUAACCACUUAAUGUUGAGUGUGUGUUUAUCCUGAAUGUGUGUCUGGGAGCAAACUGUCCAGAAAGCUAUAUAAUAAGAAUGUUAAAAUAUUUGGAAUUGUUGUCUUUUAUUUUGCCAACUUACCAACAUCACUAGGGACGCCGAAUGUUUGACGUAGAUGUAAAAUCGCUGUUGGAAACAAUUCAGUUACCACCAGGCUUUCAAGGAUUCUAGGUUUUCAGAAGUCUUAACAGAAUGUGGGAAUAAGGUAAUGGACCCUUUUGUUAAUUUUUUUGCGGUUUUUCACUUUUUGUGAUUUACACAGCUGGUCAGAAUUACCAUGGUAAUAAAUAUUUAUUGAAUACCUGCUGUGUACCAAAUAUUGUGCACGUGUUUUAGAAUAUAACAGUGGAAAAAAAUCAGACAUGAGAUUAACCAAGUAAUCAUACAAAUUUAAAUAAAUAUUUUUGUGAUCA